AUGUCACUUGCCCAAUUCUCCUCGCUUUCUUCUUUCACUUUUCUACCACCGCCUACGCCAACUACUCGGGUUCUUCCGAUCCGUUGUUUCCAUACUCGACCAUCCACCUCCACCAGUGCAACAACCUUAAGUAGCAUAUUAAAGUCUGGCGUUAUUGCUUGUCUUCGCGCCAAAAGCCCGGAUGUGGCAUUGGAAGCUGCAAAGGCUGCAAUUACGGGUGAAAUAUCGAUUGUUUUACAUCAACUGGUGCAGGAUUUUCCAACCACAACUCUAGGGAUUGGCACUUUAAAUAUUGAGGAUGCAGAAAAUGCAAAAAAAGCUGGUGCAAAAUUCAUCAUGAGUCCUGCAAUUGUAAAGGCAUGUAUUCUUGAUGAAGACAGUGAUGAUUUGCUAUAUAUACCUUGUGUAAUGACCCCAACAGAAAUACUUUCAUCAUAUAAUGCUGGUGCCAAAAUCGUGAAGGUAUACCCUGUUUCUUCACUUGGUGGUGUUGGAUACAUAGCAACUUUGAAGAAGCCUUUUCCUCAUAUUCCUUUAGUUGCAUCUCAAGGAAUAACAAUUGAUUUCGUUGGUGGAUAUAUUGGUGAGGGAGCAUCAGCGGUUGUUUUAUCUAAUGCUAUUUUUGAGAAAGAGGCGAUGGCUCAAAGAAACUUCACUGCAGUUUAUCAACUUGCAAAACUUGCAGCUUCACAAGGCAAUGAAGCUGUAGAAAUGUAUUACUAUUUACUAUAG